AUGCCUUCUAUUACUUUUGAUGAACAGUUGACUGAGCAGAGAGUGAGUUAGGAGUUGCUUCAUUUCGCAAUCGGAACUUGUUUUUCAGAUUGAAGGGAAAGUGCGUCAACUGGUGUCCCUGGUCGCCAGAGUUCCUCUCAAAGACGUCGGAAUCUUGUUCUCUUGGAAAGAUGUGCUCGACGAGAAACAACGUGCCGAAUUCAACGAGAUAGUGGCCGAGGCGUUGACUGCCUACUUCCAAGUGUCCACAGAACCUAGUGACGUGGACAACCUCAACUACUUCUGGGAAAUUGUGAAUCGCAUCACUUGUAAAUGUUAG